UGUGUGCGCGUUUAAACGUUGUGUCUUUAAGUUUUGAAGUGUAUGAUAGUACAGGUUACUAGGUGGGCGUACUGAAACUUACUUAUCAAAGAGAAGCGGCAUGGCAUGAGCGGCCGCGUGGGCGCGACAUGCGGCGAGCGCCGCUCGCGCUGCCCGCCGUCGUCGCUCUUGCGCUAUCCUUACUUCUGCGCUUUGUGGAUGCUGGUUCGAUGAGCCCGGGGGUGCCUGAAAAUAUAACUGUUACGUUCCUUAACCCAACCACGGUACGAGUGUCCUGGUCAACGACGGCGGACCUCGUGGAAAAGUACGAUGUCACAUACAAACCCUCAGACGCUAGUUACAGAGUGGUGCUUGAGGUCGCUGGCAAUUCCGACGCAGUCAUCUUAAGUGGUCUAGAAGCAGACACGCAAUAUCAAGUGACCGUCGCUGCUCUUUGGGGCGGUCACAAGUUCAGAAGCAGGCCGAUAGUCUUCCGCACACUGGAGCCCCCGCGGACGUCACCUCAGCAGGACGGGGGGUUGGGAACACCCCGCUCGACAGUGUCACCGCCUGACCCUUCACCUACAUUUCCAACGAUACGUGGUGUGGAGAUAGGAAUCGUAGUAUUAGUACUUAUUGUGUGGAUUGGAGCAAUCGCCUUGUUCUUCAAUAGAUGGGGGAAAAUCCGAAUGUUGCUACCGUACCAACCAGAUUACAAGCAAGAACAGCUGAAGGUGCCUGGAAGCAGUGCCUUAGCAGCUGCCACAGCAGGAGGCACUUGUGGAGCUCAUUCUGCACCAUCAGCGUGUUCGCACAUGCGCUGGUCGCACACACACACACAGAGCCUCGAGUGUGAGGAGCGUCUGUUAGCGCGGUGCAAUCGCCCGCGCGUCAACUCUGCCAUCUUUGUAUCAGCCGAACCAACAAGCUUCGCCGGCUUUGAUCCAGGGGAAUUCCUGAGGCGACACGGAUCUCAAUCGAAAUUGUGUCGUAAAGCAAGGUCGGCGGAUAAUAUACCACUUACAACAAUGAGCGAUUCCUCAGAAAGGCUUUGUAAAGCUAAGGCACCUCGAGAGGAAACCAUCAAUGAAGAGGCCAAAUCAGACGACAGUGGAAGCGUGGAGACGGUUAAGCACUUCGGUCUACCGAUUCUUUCCGUAUCUGGCCCUUCUCCUCCCGACGAGGACUAUGAUCAAAUAGAUGAGUAUCUGUAG